AUUUGUGGCGGUAAACCCAUAUAUCGCCCCUGGGAUGGUCCUUCCAAUUGGAUCAUCAAUUGCUUUAGCCAUCAGCAGGUAUGACCAGACCGGGAACUGGUUUGUUUAUGUCAACGGAAUGGUGGUCGGGUACUUCCCACCCGCCAUAGUCAAUGGCAUGGACGGCAGCACUCAGGUCCAGCUGGGAGGGAUCGUGUAUGCGCCACCGGGGAGUAAGAGGCCUCCCAUGGGCAGCGGCAUAGCACCGGGGCCCCGCAGUAACAAUGGCGCCGCCAAGUUCAAGUCGGUAGAGACGCGCGGCUGCACGAAAGUCAAAGUUAGGGCGACCAAGGACGUCGAGAACUCCAACAUAUACGACGUGAUGGUCACUUCAGAUUCAGAAUUCCAGUAUGGUGGCCCCGGAGAUGCAUAGCUAGCAGAACUCCUUUUCCCUUUAAUUUUUCCUUUUUAGCAGACGUGUCAUCUUAUAAUAUGCGAGAACUAAGGUACAAUUUGAGCGGAAAAACGAUUGCAAAUC